AUGUCUAGGCCCAGGUCUUUACCUAUGGGUAAAGAAAUUCGAACAAUUGAUGAGUUAUUGAAAUCACCCUUUAGCAAAAAUAAAAAAACUAAAUUUAUAACUCAUGGUUGGAUGUCUAGUGGUAAAUCUGAUACAUGUUUAUCCAUAAAAAAUUCCUACUUGAAAAUAUAUGAUGUUAAUGUGUUUAUUAUGGAUUGGAGUAACAUAGCAGAUCAUGUUUUUUAUCCAAUUCCUAUGAGGGCUACGCCAGAAGUGGCAGAAUAUUAUAGUUUAUUUUUAAAUUUCUUAAUUGACAAAAUUGGAGCAGAUCCUAAAGAUUUGCAUUUAAUUGGUCAUAGUUUGGGAGCGCAUGUAAGUGGCUUUGCAGCAAGAAGAGUUAAACAAGCCAAAAUUGGAAGACUUACAGGAUUGGAUCCAGCUUUACCAGGUUUUGGAAUAGUGUCUUUGGUAUCCGGUGGAAGUGUAAAUAUAAGCGAUGCUGAAUUUGUUGAUGUAAUACAUACGUGUAUGGGUGUCCUAGGUAUAGAAACAGCCAUAGGACAUGUUGAUUUUUAUCCUAACGGUGGAUGCCCUCCUCAACCCGGAUGUGCAAAUAUCCUUGAGAUGAUAGAAGCCUGCAGUCACGGAAGAAGCUGGCAAUAUUUUGCCAAUAGUAUUAAUAUUUCCAAACCAUUUAUGGCGUAUCAUUGUUCAACCUAUGAAGAUUUUGUUAUGGGAAGAAAUUGUUACGGAGACAGUAUACCUAUGGGAGACCCUGUUCCUUUAACUGCCAGGGGAACUUACUAUCUAAAAACCGACUUUCAUUGACACCAAUAAAAUUACGAUAAAAAUUUAUAUUUUGUUUACCUUUUGUUUAGGUACUUAAAUCCUUAAAUCCUUAAUGACACAUCAAUUAAUUAAGAGAACAGAACCAUAAAAACCUACAAAACAUAUACAAAGCACACAAAAAUU